ACUCCGGGGGAUUCCCGCAUGGAGAGGGUGACGUCAGGGUUUACGAUCCAUAUAUGGAUUUCCUCUCCCCACCCAUUUUUAACCUACCGGGGACGGGGAAUAUUUUUGUGACUUAACCACAUUUGUUUCGUAAAAAGUGGAUGUUUUUCCUUGUUUCAGUUUGUUAAUUGGUUGACAAAUCGUGUGAAACGUAUUGACCACGCGCUAUUGAAUCGGGAACCCCCCGUACUGUAAUCUCAUUAUUCACCCAUCCCGUGGGGUCGAGGAAAAUAUUUCAACAACCACUUGUUGGCAGAGUGUAGGAAGUGACGAACAUAUUGAGUAUUGGAAUGACAACAACUCAACCUUCAAAUGCCUCGGAAUGGCAACUGUACAGAGUGUUGCAGAGAGCUAACUUAUUACAGUACUAUGACACCUUUGUGGCACAAGGAGGAGAUGAUGUGCAACAGUUGUGUGAGGCAGGGGAAGAAGAGUUCUUAGAGAUAAUGGCAUUAGUUGGGAUGGCCAGUAAACCUCUGCAUGUACGCAGACUGCAAAAAGCACUUCAAGAAUGGGUAGCUAAUCCAGCCGUAUUUCAAAGUACCGGUAACAGCUCUACAAAUUCUGUGGUGAGAGAGCCUCCCACCCAUGUAUACUCACUACCAAGUACUUCGGAGAGUACGUGGAAUGUGCAGUCAACUCCGCAGAAAAGUUUAAGCCCAGUUAGCAUGAUUGGUGACAUGUUGCAUGGACAGGUGAAGAAGCAAGGGCUGUCGCCGUCUCCAGCCCCGUAUCUUGGCGAGGAUCAGAUCAGUGAGAUCGCCAACUGUGCUGCAAAGCUCGUUAAAGGUUUACCUUUGUUUGAAGCUAAACCUUUAAACACGAAGAAAGAAAUCAACAAACAGAUCAAUGAUAUUAUAGCAUUACCAAUAGAUUUCUCGAAGGAAAGGUUGGAGCUGAUGAGGAAGUAUGCUGCCAUUUAUAGACGCUUUGAUUCAGAAAGACUCUACUCAAAGCCAAUGUCAAUGCAUGAGGUAUGUGUAAACGAGGCUUCAGCACAGCUGUGCUUCCUUAUGCCAACAUUGCUGACCAGACGGGAAGAUUUAUUUCCCCUAGCGAGACAGGUGGUCAAGGACAGUGGCUACCAAUAUUCCAAAGGACAUUCCAGGUUUGAAAAAAUAGCAACAGACCUCAACCCAGAAAAUCCCAGUAAGCGACAGAAGUUGGAAGCUUUGAUAUCCGAGUGUAAAGGGGACCAAUCCUUGGAGAAGGCAAAGAGGGAUGAGAGAUUACGUCAGAUAAGUGAAGAGUUGGCGUUGAUAUCAGAGAAACAGGAGCAGAUUGUGACAGACCUGGAGUCAGCGAAGGAGAGCCAGGAAAUGGACAGAGUUGAUUCCCUCCAGUCACAGCUUGAACAGAUUACUAACAAACAUCUACAACUCCUCACAGAACAGAGUGAUCUACUCAGAAAACAAAGCUUUGAAGUUUAUGCAGACAUGGAUGCUAGCUCAGACAGAGAUGACUCAAACAUGGGUGCUAGUGGUUCCUCCUCCCCAUCACAGGUGGACCGCACUGAACCCAGCCAGCAACACGCUACCUUAAAAAGUAUGCUCACGGCAGGUCAGAUGCCCAAGUCUUCUUUCAAUCUCCUGACCUCAGCAGGACCCGCUAAAAAUACUUUAUUUGACGAAGGACUGCGCAUUGCACAGCAGUAUGGUUUGGGAGAUUUUGCACAGGAACUUAAGACAUUACAGGAGUCUCCAGAGGAAAAUGAAGGACAGCCGGAUUUAAUUUCUAGUUUAUUUUCUAGCGGACUUAUAAGUGCAAAUAAAAAUGGUGCAAAAAACGGAGACAGUGCCAGUCCGAAACCUGUCGAGGAGGCAAGCAAUAGUGAAAAUAUUCCAGUCAAAGGUUCACCAAAGUCCCCUAAAAAAGAAGUUGUUGAAAAUGUUAAUGGUGUUGAACACAGUAAUAAUAAUACAGGAGUUUAAACCAGUUACAAGAGCUGUCUCACUAUGGAACACUCCUUGAAGCAUACUUUGUAAAGCGUUGGUUCAGAUGUUGAAAACAUUGGGAUUAAAAAUAUAUGUUGGGGAUGAUGUACACAAUGUUGAAAGUAUUUAUUAAGGCUUGAAAUGUUAUAAACAUGCAUUAUGUUCAUAUAUGUAUAUAUUUUACGUUUAACAUGAUAUUUUUAUGCCCCCAGCAUCUACUGAUGCGGGAGUCAUAUAGUGAUUGUCCCGUCCAUCCGUCCGUCCAUACGAGGUUAACCAAAUGGGACCGUUUCGUCUAGCAUCAAUACCCCUUACUAGAAUGACUUAAUACUAAUGCAGAUGUAACCUGUGACCAUUCCUCAUCUUCAGACAUCACCUGACCUCAGUUUGACCUUGACCUUGAACUUGACUGCGUUUUGGACUUAGGUUGCUUUGUAUCGACAAGGAUGCCACCGGGGGCAUCAAGCGUUUAUUGAACGCAGCUCCUUAUUUAUUAAUUUAAAAGAGUUACUGAGAGAGGUAUAGACACAACUGUGAUAACACCUUGGAGUUAGAAUUCAGAUUGGCAGUCAGUUUCUAUAUUACAAUAUUUUUCCGAGAUUUAUUUAUUUUUGGGACAUUAUUUUUUCUUUAUUUUUGUACACUUUACUUGCCUUAACUUGCUUUCAUAUUGUAGCAAUAAAAAUACUGAAUUGCUGUAAGUAUAAAUCAGACUGUCUUUAAGUCUAGAAGAUAUAUACAAAUUACUUAACCUGUUAAAAUGUAUUUUAAAAUCAUUUUCACAAUC